AUGAUUGGAAUGGCCUGUGAAUUAGCCAAUGGGAUUGAUGGACCUCAAUCAUAUUGGAAUGUUCUGAAAAACUGCAUUGAUAUUGGAAGUGAAAUUCCAAAAGAACGUUUCGAUGUAUAUUCCUAUGCUUCGAUGUUCAAUUCCAACAAAUCUUUCAUUCGUCGUGGCUAUUUUCUCAAUGAUAAUCAAUUGAACAAUUUCGAUCCAUCGUUUUUCGGUAUAACAGAUGGUGAAGCAAUGAUCAUGGAUCCAUGUCAUCGUCUCCUACUCAAAAAAGUUUUCCAUCUCAUAGAAGAUGCCAAUUAUACAUUCGAUCAAAUUCGAGGUAGUAGAACAGCUGUUUACAUUGGUCAAUUUACAAAUGAUCAUGCAACAACAAUUCAUAGAACAAAAAUUGAAGAUCAUACUCUAAUGGGACCAAAUAUAUCGCUCUACAAUGCUUCCAGUCGACUUUCUUAUUAUUAUGAUCUUCUUGGUCCAAAUUUAACUUUGGAUACAGCUUGUUCUUCUUCGCUUCAAGCCAUUCAUCUUGCUGUUCAAAGUUUACGCAAUGGUGAAGCAAAUUUAGCUGUAGCUGGUGGAGCAAAUCUGAAUUACACACCUGAAACAUUUUUCAUUGCAUCAUUUAUUGGUGCGAUUUCACCUGAUGGUCGAUCACGUUCUUAUAGUGAAGAUGCCAAUGGUUAUGCAAAAGGUGAAGGAGUUGGUUUGGUCCUUCUCAAACGAUUGAGCGAUGCUAUACGAGAUAAAGAUAAAAUUUAUUGUGUCAUUCGUGAUGUAAUGGCAAGUCAUGAUGGAAAUCAAGGGAAAACUGGUUACAAUGUUCCAUCAAGUCAUGGACAAACGAUACUUCUCAAUGAUAUUUAUAUGCGUAGUAAUAUUGAUCCUAAAAAUGUAUUUUAUAUUGAAGGUCAUGGUACCGGAACACAAGUUGGAGAUCCAAUUGAAGCCAAUACUCUUGGAGCAUUUUUCAAACGAUCACGUUAUGAUCCUCCACUUUUCAUUGGUUCAGUUAAAAGUGUUAUUGGUCAUACUGAAGGUACAGCUGGCGUGGCUUCAUUAAUUAAAAUAGCGUUGUGUAUGAAAUAUCGAAUGAUUACACCGAAUAUGAAUUUCACUCGUCCGAAUCGAAAUAUUCAAGCAAUGAAAUAUAAUUUACAUAUUGUCAAUCAUCUUGUACAAUUUCCUGAUGAACUUAUUACUAUUGGAAUUAAUAGUUUUGGUAUCGGUGGUAAUAAUGCUCAUGCGAUUAUUACUGAAUGGUCAGAAGAUUAUGUGAAUCAAUAUUUUCCAAACAAUAUGAACAAAAUCUUUUUGCCCAUCAAACAAUGUUCAAUAUCAUUUGUUAAUGAUGCAAUUGCCAUUCAAAAUGAAGAUAAAAAAUUUUCAGAAUAUUUUAUUUUGACAUUUUCUUCUAAAUCUGAUCAAUCAUUGAAAAAACACGCGGAGAAAUUUUCAACAUGGCUUUCAACAGCACUUGCACAUGUAUCUCAAACAUCGGAAAAAUUGUUUCUGAGUUAUUUGUCUGAGAAAAUCUUGUUGAAACGUACGACGAAUUUUUCACAUCGUUUAUCAUUUCUCUUUUCUGAUAGCAAGCAAUUACAAGUUCAAUUGGAAUCAUACUUAUUGAAUAAAACUGAUUGUCCCAGUAUCAUUUUUCCUCAAGAACAAAUUUCUAUACGACAUCAAGCCAAUGGAAAUAUUUGUUUUAUUUAUAGUGGUCAAGGUCCUCAAUGGUGGGCUAUGGGACGUCAAUUAUUCUUUAUCGAACCGAUCUUUCGUCAAUGGAUCGAAAAGAUCGAUGCAGAAUUUAUCUCUAUUUCGAAUAAUUCUUUUUCAUUAAUCAAACAUUUGAUUGAACCAGAAAAUGAAAAUGAUUCACAAAUCAAUCAAGCGAAUGUUGCUCAACCAGCGAUUCUAGCUAUACAAAUUGGCUUAACUGCUUUAUGGUUAUCAUGGGGCAUUCGCCCGAAAAUUAUUGUUGGACAUUCUGUUGGUGAAGUCGCUGCAGCAUUUGUUGCCGGUCGAUUGACAUUGCGAGAAACGGUUCAAGUCAUUUAUCAUCGUUCACGUGUACAAAAUUAUAAUACAAAUCAAGGUGGACGAAUGCUAGCUUUGCUUCUUAGUGAAAAUGAUACUAUCGAACUACUCAAUGGAGUCGAAGAUCAAGUUCAAAUUGCGGCAAUUAAUAGUCCAGGAUCUGUGACAUUGAGUGGUGAUGGUGAAAUUAUAGAGAAUAUAGUUAAUCAUCUUUCGACGAAUAGACCAAAGGUUUUCAAAGCUUGGCUCAAAAUUCAAAAUGCAUUUCAUAGUAAACAAAUGGAACGAUUUAAUAUUCGUGAAGAACUUCUCGAUUCUCUUUCCAAUAUUCAAGGUGAUGGUCACAACAGUGAAUUUGAUGAAAUAUGUUCGAAUGCUAUUCUUUAUUCAACUGUCACAGGAACUCGUUCUGAUCAAUCUAUUUUGAAUGGUGAAUAUUGGUGGAAAAAUGUUCGAAAUCCAGUUCUAUUCGAUGCAGCGAUGCAAUCGAUUCUUGCUGAACAAACUCGUUCAAAUGGUAUUCCAGUAUUUAUCGAAAUAUCACCACAUCCAGUUCUUUCGGCAGCUAUUCCAGAAUGUUUCCAAUAUUUUCAGAAAUCGCAAACAUUAUCAUCAAUUCAAUUACCAUUGAUUAUUCAUUCACUUCGACGCAAAGAAAACGAACAACAGACGAUUUUAUCAUCACUUUGUCAAUUAUUCUCGUUCUUCGGUUCGAAUUUGAUCGAUUGGAACAAAUUUUGGCUUUCACGUUCCUAUGCACAAUUGACAACGACCAAUAUUGAUAAGAAUGAAAUCUUGUUUUGGAUUGAUCAAAUUCCUUAUUACACAUUUAAUGAUCAAGUGUGUUGGUAUGAACCAAAAGAUUCUGUAUUUAAACGCCGAGCUAUUAUGAAGAAACAUCAUCCUUUACUUGGUUAUCGUCUUUGGCACAAUGAAGCACAAACACCAACAUGGAGAAAUCGAUUUUUACUUAGUCAAAAUUCAGCUGAAUACUCUUAUUUAUGUGAUCAUGUUGUUCAAGGAAGUAUUUUAUUUCCUGCUGCUGGUUUUAUUGAACUUGUGAUUGCAGCUGUUAAUCAACUUCUAUUUCUUCUAUCCUCACAACAACAAUCUAUUAAAUUCAAAAAUAUUCAAUUUUUGAAUGCACUUCGUCUCGAUGAAAACAAUCAAAUCCAAAUUGAAACUGUUAUUAUAAUGCCAUUUCGUGAAUUUUUCAUCUACAGUCGUCGAUACACUAAUGAUACUGUUCGACUCUCUGGUAUUAGUGGUAAUGAUAUUACAACAAAGUUUGAUGAUGAAAAUUUCUUAAAUAUUUAUUCAUCAAAAGAAUGGACUUUGCAUUGUUCUGGUUCAAUUCAUUUAGAAGAUGAUGGCUCAUUGAUUAGUUCAAUCUAUGAUUUAAAUUCGAUUCUUAAUCGUUUAUCAUCAUCAAAUUUAACUAAAAAAAAUAUGUUAAUAGCAACGACUGAAAAUGAAAUCAAUAAUUUAUAUACUUAUUUUGCUCAAUGUGGUCUCAAAUAUGGAUCUCGAUUUCAAAGUGUAAAAACAUUACAUAGUACAGAUUCGGAAGUAUUGACAGAAUUGUUUAUUCCAAAAUCACUUUUAAAUGAUGACAAUCAUCAACAGUAUAUGUUCCAUCCGGCGAUCAUAGAUGGUUCUUUUCAAGGAAUGAUUUCUAUUAUUCCUCUUAAAUUCUAUGAAACUGCAAUUCCUGCUAGCAUUGAAGAACUCAUCGUUUGUGAUCGAAAGAAAACUUUGUUUUCUAUUAUACAACAAGAGAAACGAAAUCUAUACGCUUUUCAAUCUCUACAUUCAUCAAUAAAAGGAAUUACACCAGAAGAAACUUAUACAUCAGACAUUGUUGUAUUCAGUAGUCCUAAUGAAUCGUCUUGUUCAACAUCAACAUCAAAUUCGAUAAUGAUAUUUCGUGGAUUUAAAUUAGAAAAAAUUCGAGAUGAACUAAUGAAAAAAUCUAUAUUUGAAAGAAUCGAUGAAAGUAGUUCGAUUUUUAAUACGAAUCCAAAAAAGACAGUCGAUGUCAACGAAUUGAUCAAUCGUUUUUGUGCAUGGGAAUUUUGGAAACCAGUUGAACUCGAAUUAUUCUCAUCAUCAACAAAUAUAUUAUCAAACGAACAAUCUUGGAUUAUCUUUGCCGAUCAAAAGGAAAAACUUGCCGAACAAAUUGCAACUGUUUUAUUGCAACAUGAAAUUAAUCCACAAAACUUAAUUUUAAUUUAUUUAUCAACAAAAAAUAAUGAGAAUCAAAAUUUAAUCAAUCGAUUUCAAUGUAUUGAGAUCAAAAAUAUAUCUUUGAUUUCUUCAACUAUUCGAGAUUUGAUUAAACAGAAAUCAGUUUCAAAUAAUUCAUCGUUAAAUUUGAUUUUUGGUUGGUCAUUAGAUUUGCCAACAUUGAAUUCGAACGGAGAAAAUAAUCAAAAUUUUCAAGCUCAAGAAGAAAUUGGAUGUGGAACAUUGAUGCACAUUAUUCAAUCGAUAUACGAAGUAAAAUUCGAUCAUCAUCCGAAUAUUUUUAUUUUGACUCAAAAUGGUCAAUUAAUGAAUAAAAAUGAAUGUCAACAUUUGAAUUUGAAUCAAUCACCAAUUAUUGGUUUUGCUCGAUCACUCAUCAAUGAAUAUCCAAUCAAUCGAAUGAAAUUAAUUGACAUUCAAACUUCAAGUUUCUCAUCAGCUCUUAUCAAUGCAUUAAUCAAUGAAAUGAAUUCGACUAUUUCGUGUUCAUCAGAUAAUUUAUGUGACGAAGAAGUUAUUUUAACUUCAAGUGAAAAUGAUAAUAUUAUUCAACGAUUAUUACCUAUAUAUCAAAUGAUCGAACCAUCAAACUCAUCAAAUCUACUGAAUACGACAACAACAAUCAUUCCGAACUUAGACAGUGAUCAUGUUCAUUUUCGAUUGCAAGUGCCUAAAUCUCGAUUGAUCAAUGAUCUUCAAUGGAUUCGUACUGAACAAGAUCCGAAUGACAUUAGUCUCGCACCAACACAGGUUCAAAUUCAAAUUUAUUGUAUCGGUUUGACUUUUCGAGAUAUGUUAAAAGUACGCGGUUUACAUCCCCAUCUACGAGGCGUUCGAACUCCAUAUGAUAGUGAUAAAGCUGUUGGUAUGGAUUAUUCGGGUAAAAUUAUUCGAAAAGGUUCUCAAGUGAAAUUCAACAUUGGUGAUCAAAUAUUUGGAAUAGUUUUGAAUAAUGGAGCAUUUCACUCACAAAUAAUUGUCGAUCAAAAUGAAAUUGCUCAAGCAUCAUCACAUUUAACAAUGGAACAACUAUCAGUUUUACCAACUUAUUUAACUGCAUUUCAUUGCUUACGUGAUUGUAUUUAUUUACAAGCUGGACAAACCAUUUUAAUUCAUUCAGCAGCAAGUGCUGUUGGACUCGCAUUAAUUCAAUAUUGUCGAAUGGUCGGUGCCCAAAUUAUAGCUACAGCUGGAAAUGAUGAAAAACGACAAUUCCUACGUGAACAUUGUGGAAUCGAACAUGUUUUUAAUAGUCGAAAUUUAUCAUUUGUUACACAAGUUCGUCAAAUAACUCCAAAUGGUGUUGUUGAUAUUAUUGUGAAUUCACUUUCUGGUCAUUUUAUAUCUGAAUCAUUGAAAUUACUCGCACCAUACGGUCACUUUAUUGAACUUGGCAAACGUGAUGUUUAUGCUAAUACAAAAUUAUCAUUAUUAUCAUUGCGUCCAGGUCUUACUUUUCAUGUUAUCGAUGCUGUGACAUUACACAAAUAUUAUCCAGAAAAAGUUCAAACUCUUCUUCAAUAUGUUUCUGAUAUGUCUCAUCAAGAAAAAUUCGAACCAUUAAUGCCGAUUAAAAUAUUUGAAGCAUCACAAAUACAAGAUGCUUUUGCUACCUAUGCAAAAGCAACGCAUAUCGGCAAAUUUGUCAUUCGAAUAUGUCAAUCAGAUCAACCUUUACAACUGCACAAUUCUCACACUCGACGACGACAACAACAACAACAACAACAACAUCAACAAGGUAAUAUGUUUUCGGAUACGGUCUGUAAUCAUGGAACAAUUUUGAUCAGUGGAGGUUUAGGUGGUCUUAGCAUAGACAUGUCGAAAUGGAUGAUAAAAGAACGUGCUGUUAAAAGAAUCGUGCUUCUAUCAAGAAGAUCGAUUGAUGAAUUGGAUCAGAAUAGUUCCCAAUACAAAGAAUGCAAGAAACUCGAACAAGUGGCUGAACAAUAUCAAUCAUCGAUUCAAGUGAUGAAAGCCGAUGUAAAAGAAUUCGAUCAAGUACUCGAAGUUAUUCGUCAUAUCAAUCAAAAUCCUCAUUAUCCAGUUCGUGGUAUCAUUCAUACCGCCAUGAUUUUACAUGAUUGUUUAUUAAAAAAUAUGACUCCAGAAAUCUUGUCAACGGUAAUGCAACCAAAAAUUCGUGGUGCAUGGAAUCUUCAUUGUGCAACUGAACAAAUUUCGUGUCCCAUUGAAUUUUUUAUCAUGUUUUCAUCGAUUCGAAAUCAUAUUGCUGAUUCAGGACAAUCGAAUUAUAAUGCCGGAAAUAAUUUUCUUGAUGCAUUGGCUCAUUGGCGAUGGUAUUCGAAAAAAGUUCCAGCACUUUCCAUUAGUUUACCAGCCAUUUCUGGAGCUGGUUAUCUUCAACAACAUGGUCAAUCGAUUGUUGAAUUAAUGCGAGAACAAGGUAUACAUUUACUGCCAACAAUUUAUGUUUUUUUAAUGAUUGAAGAAUUACAUCGAAUUCAACAAGAAAGAAGAAAUAUUUCGACACCAGUAAUGUUUGUUGUCGAUUGGAGAACUUUACUUUCGAUGAAUUUACCAUUGAGAUUGAAUAAUCUUGGCAAUGAAUAUAUUAAUACGAAAGAAGAAAAACAAGAAACAUUAGUUUCAUCCAACGAUACUAAUCUAAUUGCAUUGGAUAUUGAAAGUCUAAAAACUAAAAUUCGUCUCGGUAUUGCAAAAAUUUUCAAUGCAAUAAAUACUGAUCGUAUUGAUUUCGAUAGAACUCUAGUCGAUCAAGGAAUGGAUUCAUUACGUGCUAUUGAAAUUCGUACUUGGUUAGCAAAAGAAACAUCUGUUAUGAUUCCUCUUGUCGAUCUCUUACAAGGUAGUUCAAUCAGUGAUCUCGCUUUAUAUAUUCAAAAUAAACUUUUGAAUCGACAAACCAAUGUCAAUAUGAUACCUCAUUUGAAUAAUAUUGAUCAAUCAGUCGAUAUUGGUAAUGAUUCAACUAAUCAUUAUUCAUUGUCAGAGAAAGAAACCAUCGACGAAUCACAAAUCUAUUAUACAGGUAUUUCACUCAUCUCUCCAUUGUAUUAUUCAGCAUCAAAAUCAUCAUUAUUUUGCAUUCAUGAUAUGAUUGGUCUCUCAGAAACAUUUAUUAAAUUCGCAGUGAAAAUGGUUGAAACCUAUCAAAAUCAAUCACCAUCAAUUUUUGCUUUUCGUGCUAGUGGUUACGGACCUAAUGAAUCGUUAAUUCAAUCAAUUCCAAACAUUGCUGAAGAAUAUAUCUUUCAAAUGAAACGAAUACAACCAAUUGGUCCAUAUAAUUUAGUUGGGUAUUCGUUUGGAGGACUUGUUGCUUAUGAAAUGGUUCGACAAUUGAAUGAAAAACAUCAAGCAACAGUUCGAUCAUUGAUUCUAAUUGAUCCUCCAAUACCUACUGAACAAACUUCUUUCAUAUCCGAACAAGUUGAUCAUAAUCAAUUUGGUUCAUUGAAAAAUUUAGAAUUUAUCUACAAAUAUUUGAUGAAAGAUGAUAGUUUCAAUGAUUCGAUGGAUUCAUUCAAUAAUUCAUCAUUAGUGGAACAAGAAAAAGUCGACAUUCUAAUGCAAAAAAUGUUAGAAGAAAUCAAACAACGAUUUCAUCUGAAUAAACAGAAUGGUCAUACAUCAUUGACAAAUCAUUCAGAUCUGAUGACGGAUAAAGUUUUCGAUGUUAUCAAAGCACAAAUGAUCGCAUUACAACAUUAUACAUUUGAAUCAGCAGUCAAUUCACAUGAAAUUAUGUUAGACAAUCAAACAAUUAUGUUCACAUUAACACAAAACAAUUCAAGAACUCCAAAUGAAAGGAAACAUAAAGUUUGGAGAACUUUAUUGCCGAACUUACGCAUUGAACAAGUCGAUGGAACUCAUGCGAUAUUGCUUGAAAUACCAACUGUCAAUAUCAUUGUAAAUCGAUUGAAGGAAAUCAAUAUUUUCUAA